UUUUACUUCAGACUCAUGGGAAUAAUAAUAAACGCGUGGUGGGAUAUUUUAGUAAAGUUACCCAAGGCGCCGAACCACGCUAUCACUCCUAUGAGCUGGAGACACUCGCUGUGGUCAGGGCUCUGACAACUGUUUUAUUUUGAGAUAUACUGCGGUCACUGUCUCGGGCAACCUGAGGGCUCUGCCACUGUAUACAUUAGCUUAUUAUGAGAUAUACUGCGGUCACUGUCUCGGGCAACCUGAGGGCUCUGCCACUGUAUACAUUAGCUUAUUAUGAGAUAUACUGCGGUCACUGUCUCGGGCAACCUGAGGGCUCUGCCACUGUAUACAAUAAGACAUUAACUUAUUUUGAGAUAUACUGCGGUCACUGUCUCGGGCAACCUGAGGGCUCUGCCACUGGAAGAAUUUGUGAAGACAUGCUACGGAAAUUGUCACUGAACAACAACUUCCCAACGGUCAGCAACAUAAUAUUGCAUUUCUGUGUGUCAUUUUUAAUGCAAACAAUCUAUUUUAUAGGUGAUGAGAAUAGCUCUGAGGAAGGUAUUGUCGCCGGUUCAUCACACCACCAUGACGACAUAGUACCUCUAGACGGACCUAUUAAUGCGGGCGAGGACGCUCCGCCGUCAGGAGAGGCCGUGUUAGAAGAUGAUGAUGACAUUGGAGGCGUGGCCUAAGUGACGUCAAGGAUGGUGUGAUGUCGGGAGGGCGCGUGGCGAGAUGUUGUUGGAGGGGUGCGUUUGGGCUCGA